AUGAAGUUGCGAAGAGCCUGAGUUGAGCUGAGCUGUGCUGACUACUUCCCUCUCCAUAGAAACGGAUCAAGUUGGACUUGAAUUUUCUCCUUAGAAAACACAAAAACAGACAGGCUCACCCACAUCUCCUUCGGAUAGAUGAGAAGAUACAGGGAGAUGUCAUUUGAAAGCAGUGAACAGCUCCUCUUCUUCACAUUGGUUUGAUCACUGCGUCUUUUGACACUGCUAGCCCUGAGAGUGAAGAGUCUAGCUGACAUAUUGGGAAAACUUUGUAUUCAUUUUUUUCCCGAACCCAUGAAAAUCACGUUUUCUUUGUGGACAAUGAUGCGACAAGCAAGCAUCUCCUCUGUGGUGUUUCUAUCUUGCACUGUCAUGCUGGUGCAGGGUGGAUGCCCGCGGCAGUGCUCGUGCCCCACCUCACCGCCCUCAUGCCCACCAGGCGUCAGCUGGGUGACAGACUCCUGUGGCUGCUGUAAGGUGUGUGCCAGGCAGUACAACCAGGACUGCAGCCCUAGCCAGCCCUGUGACCACAUCAAGGGCCUGCACUGCCACCUAGGGUCUGGAGGAGAUCCGGAGACAGGACUGUGUCGAGCUGAGGCCAUGGGUCGUCCCUGUGAGCUGAACGGCCGGGUCUACCAACACGGGGAGGACUUCCAGCCCAGCUGCCAGCACCAGUGCAGCUGUAUGGACGGCGUGGUGGGCUGCAUGCCCCUGUGCCCACACCAGGUACCACUACCAGGUUGGCACUGCUCCCGGCCCCGGCUGGCCAGGCUGCCAGGACGCUGCUGUGAGGAGUGGCUUUGUGACGAUGACAACCAUAUCAAGGAGGACUCCAGAGAGGUUGACCACGCUCCACCUCAUUCCCCACCCCAGCACCCUGAUCUUACCAGCAAUGAGCUGCUCCUGGCUCCCACCCCCUGGGACUCAAGUGCUGGAGCGUCAUAUCAAGAGUGGAUCUCCUCCCCCCAGUCCCAUGCCUUACUUCCCUCAACCUGCUUCCUGCAAACCACUGAUUGGUCGCCUUGCUCAGCCACGUGUGGGAUGGGCGUGUCCAGCCGAGUAACCAGUAGCAACGCUGAGUGUCGGUUGGCCAGAGAGACACGACUGUGCCAGAUCCGGCAGUGUGAUCUUGCCCUCACCCCUUCUCCCAAGAAAGGGAAGAAGUGCCAACGCACAAUACGUCCUCGCAAACCUGUCCGGAUCAAGUUCAGCGGCUGCUCUACAGCGCGCCAGUAUCGUCCUCGUUCCUGUGGUUUGUGUGCCGAAGGCAGCUGCUGCACUCCUUCUCUGACGCGCACGGUGAACCUUCACUUCCGCUGUCCCGGGGGCAGGCAGGACUUUACCCGUAGCGUGAUGUGGAUCCAGCGUUGCCGCUGCAGCCAGAGCUGUCAAAGUCAAGGGCUUGCCUCCCCGGGCUCUCUCAGCCUGCCUAACGACAUCCAUACCUUCUCCCACUGAGCCCCAUGUCUAAACACUAGCAUUUCUCGCCACAAGAACAUGCCCUUGACCUGACUCUGGCCCUCGACUCCAGGGUUCACCUUUUCCCUAAUCUCACUGUCACCUUCCCUCGUUCCAAAAACGUUUCCUGUUCCCUAACCCCAGGGUUUAUUGCUGCCGUAGCCUCUUUACCCCAGUCUGUGUUCCUUUACCCCAGGCCUCCCCCCUGCCCUGUCUCCAGUCUGUAUUCCUUUACCCCAGGACUCCCCCUUGCCCUGUCUUCAGUCUGUGUUCCUUUACCCCAGGACUCCCCCCUGUCCUGUCUCCAGUCUGUGUUCCUUUACCCCAGGACUCCCCCCUGUCCUGUCUCCAGUCUGUGUUCCUUUACCCCAGGACUCCCCCCUGUCCUGUCUUUAGUCUGUGUUCCUUUACCCCAUGACUCCCCCCUGCCCUGUCUCCAGUCUGUGUUCCUUUACCCCAGGACUCCCCCCUGUCCUGUAUUUAGUCUGUGUUCCUUUACCCCAGGACUCCCCCCUGCCCUGUCUCCAGUCUGUGUUCCUUUACCCCAGGACUCCCCCCUGCCCUGUCUCCAGUCUGUGUUCCUUUACCCCAGGACUCCCCCCUGUCCUGUCUCCAGUCUGUGUUCCUUUACCCCAGGACUCCCCCUGUCCUGUCUCCAGUCUGUGUUCCUUUACCCCAGGACUCCCACUUGCCCUGUCUCCAGUCUGCCCUCACCCCAUAUGGAAGGCUCCAUCAGCUGGGGGAAGGACACUGAUGCGAUGUAGUGAACUGUUUUACUCUUACAGCUGCCUAAUUGUGUACCCAACACUUUCUCUCUCUCAUUCUCUCACUGGUGGUAACUCCCCCCAUAAUCCAAUGGUUUUGGUUUGGUCUUCAGUCACACCCAAAAAUCAGCACCUCCAUAUAACUUCAGUGAUGGACUGACUGACUGAAUUUAAAAGACAGUUGGGGGUGCUUCUGUGUUACUGUAGUUUGGAAUGGUGAAUUGUACUCUGUGGGACUGUACUUAUAACUACCCAAUGAGAAAGGUUAGACUGAAUUUCAGACAGGCAAUCUCACAGAGACAUUUGCGUAGCAUCCCUUCUGACAAACGUCUUUAGAGCCUUACUGCCCUUUUCACUUGUCUGUUUUGCUUGUGUUCAGUAAGUGGCAGAUCUGUGGGCGAUUGUGUGCAUUCUACAAAUGAUCUCUGUCAGUGGACCUCCUAUCAAAUUUGAUGGGCAAGAAUAUAAAUGCACAGGUGUUCAUGGUUUACACUCUCAAAUAUGAAUCAUCAUUGUUAUAGACACAGAGGUUUUAAAUGGACUUUUGUAAGUUAUUCAUGUUUAAUUAUUGUAGUGAUGACUUGUAAAUAUGUAUUUACUAUACUUUGUACAGUUAGGCAAUGUUGAUUUGUUUGUCAUUAGGUAUAUAUGUCUGUUUCGUAUCGUCUCUAUCUGUACAGACUUCACUUAAUGAUGGAGUGACAUGUUUUGGAUAUUACCUCCUUUUUCGAGGUGCACAGAAUAUAAACAAUAGUGGACCGAGAAUGUUAUAUGUUAAUUUAUAUCACUUUAUUUUGAUUAAUAUAUUCAAUAAAUGUCUUAUAAUGAAAGUGCCUCUUGUAAAAAAAUUACA